GCAAAACAAACAACAAAUUUAUCAGUUCUUAAUUUCUAUCUAGAAUUCAAAAAAAAAGCGACGAAUUAUUGUAUAAGGUUUAGUCGCUCGUUAUGGUCCGCGAACCAGUUGCCGGCACAAGAAGCAAAACAAACAACAAAUUUAUCAGUUCUUAAUUUCUAUCUAGAAUUCAAAAAGAAAGCGACGAAUUAUUGUAUAAGGUUCGGUCACUCGUUAUGGUCCGCGAACCAGUUGCCGGCGCAAGAGGCAAAACAAACAACAAAUUUAUCAGUUCUUAAUUUCUAUCUAGAAUUCAAAAAGAAAGCGACGAAUUAUUGUAUAAGGUUUGGUCGCUCGUUAUGGUCCGCGAACCAGUUGCCAGCGCAAGAGGUUAAAAAUCGAUACGAUUUUGUUGGUCGCCUGUUGGCCAGCGUGUCGAGUCUAAAUGUUUCGACUCGUCAAUAA